AAACCUAAAAGAACUAAUUUUGAAAAGUCUAGAAAGAUAUGAUAUCACAAUUAGUCAAGUGUACAGUAUCACAAGUGAUAACGGCAGCAACAUGGUCAGCUGCGGAAACCUCCUGCAACACGAAAGUAAGGAAGUAGAAAUGCCUUUACUAAAUCCAUCAGAAGAUGUCGACGAUGCCUUUUUUGAAAGUUUCGAAACCAUUUUUGAAGAUCUAGAAUUCGACACUUGUGUUUCGCAAAAUUUUCAGUCAAUUGUAGUUAUACGAUGUGCCACGCAUACCAUACAGCUAAGCGUAAACGACGUUUUUAAAAAUGAAGAAAUUAAAAACUGUUUUAGAGAAUGCCGCAAUAUAGUGCGAAAGCUGCGUACGCCAGCAAUACACAGACUCAUAUCGUCGCAAAAUUUAUUGCCUCCCACAGCUGAUUGUCCAACUCGUUGGUCUUACUCGUAUGAGUUACUUAAACGGUUGAGAAACUUAGACACAUUCAUCUCAGAAAAUAUGAAAGAAGCCAAUAUUGACUGGUCAUUUGUAGAUGAAUUUUUAAGCAGCUUCAGCAUAAUUAAAAAGACAACCGUAAAAUUGCAAGAAAAAAAUUUGCUAUUUGGAGACUUCAUUAAAACCUAUUUGGAAAUGAUUCUUGUUGUAAAGAAAGAAGCGGACAAAUAUCACAUUUCCAAACUUUUGUUGCAGUCUUUAAACCAGAGGAAAGAUAACUUGCUCCAAAACCCAACCGUGGCGGCAGCAAUCUAUCUUGAUCCGCGACUGAGACGGUUACUCCACAGUCCAGAAUUCGCACCUUUAAAAUCAGUUGCAGUAGAGCAUUUGAAGGCUCUCUACUUAAAAAUUCAUGGAAAUGACAACAAUACGCAAGAGCCUGCUGCUAAUUCAAGUAGUGAAGUACAUGAAGACAGUGACAAUUUGCUUGGCACACUACUAAACCAAAUCUCCCAAUACGAACCAAGAAGCGAAAAUACCACAGAGGCAUUUUCAAUCAUAGAAGCAUUCAAUGAAAAUUGCGAUUUGAAGGCCAAUUUAGCAGACUAUUGGGAGUCAAAAAAAUUUACUCACAGUACCUUGUACCAGCUAUACAAAAUUAUUCAUGCAACUCCCGCUACGCAAGUUAGUGUAGAGCGGGCGUUCUCCACUUUAAAAUAUAUAAUUAAUGACUAUAGGUCAGGUUUGAGUGAUGAUAUCACUGAAGCGAUAUUAAUGUUACGGCUCAAUUAG